AUGGCCGCAACCACCGACCGAGCACGGUUCUACCUCGAGCAAUAUGUACCGGAACUUCAGGAAUACGAGCGCAAGCAGAUUUUCACCCGCGACGAGAUCAGCGCCAUCACCGCAAAACGAAGCGAUUUCGAGCAUGUGCUGAAUGCCCGCGGCUCGCAGCCCGGCGACUAUGCUCGAUAUGCCACGUACGAGAUGAACUUGGACAGCCUACGGAAAAAGCGAUGCAGGAGACUGGGAGUGAAGGCGACAUCAUUCAAUGGUCAGCGGACAGUCUUUUUCAUCCUCGACCGCGCGACGAAAAAGUUCCCAGGCGACAUGGGCUUGUGGAUGCAGUACAUCAAUUUUUGCAAGAAAGAGAAGGCAAACAAGAAAUUGGCAAAGGUCUUCACGGCGGUGCUGAGACUUCAUCCGCGGGAUUGGAGCUUGUGGGUGCUGGCUGCAAAGCACUACGCAGAGACACAGGGAGACAUGGGAACGGCGAGAAGCUACAUGCAGCGUGGAUUGAGAUUCUGCAAGGAUGAGAAAAAACUGUAUCUGGAGUAUGCGAAGCUGGAGAUGGUAUACCUGGCGAAGCUGGCGGCAAGAAGGAAGAUUCUGGGACUGGACGGGUCGAGGGAGGAGAAGGAAGACAUCGAGGAGGACGACAACAUGAUUGCGCUUCCCACAAUCACAGCAGAAGACAUCGAUCUGGAUGCUGGAAAGGGAAUCGAAGAGAUUGAUCAAGCUGCAUUGCAACGACUUGCCGCGGCGCCAGCUUUCAGCGGAGCGAUACCGGUUGCGAUCUUCGACUCGGCGAUGAAGCAGCUCAAGAACAAUGCGCUUCCAGCAGCUGAAGAUUUCUUCGACCUUGUCGCAUCAUUCAACCAAGUCCCAGCCUCCGAAAAGAUCUUGCAGCACAUCCUCGAACAACUACAAAGCACAGCUCCCACCGCCAUCGAGACGACAAUCUGCGAGGCGAAACAUCAUAUGCUCAACAUCCCGCUACAAUCCGCCGAGUUCCCACCUGCGCUUGGACAGGGUCUGGCAAGGCUAAAG